CAAAGAGCGAAAUCUCAGCAAACACCAAAAAAAGCAGGGAAUUGAAGGACGUAAAGAAUUUCCUAUGGCUGCACGAGAGGAAAAGAAUCAAGAGGCGACUAUAUAUUUAGGAAACUUAGAUGAGCGCGUAACAGAUUCAAUUCUUUUUGAGCUGUGUUUGCAGGCUGGUCCUGUCGGGAAUAUCCAUAUUCCAAGAGAUCGCGUGCGGAAUAGUCAUAAUGGUUUUGGUUUCUGCGAAUUUGUAAACGAACGUGAUGCUGAAUACGCAUGCCAAAUAUUUAAUCAAAUUAAGCUUUAUGGAAAGCCACUGCGCAUUAAUAAGUCCAGCCAAGAUAAAAAUGUGGGAAGCUUGGUAGGUGCCAAUCUUUUUAUUGGUAAUCUGGAUCCUCUGGUUGAUGAGCGCGUUUUAUAUGAUACGUUUUCUGCUUUAGGCCAACUGAUCAAAGCGCCACAGAUUGUUCGCGACGAAAAUGGUCGCUCAAAAGGAUAUGGAUUUGUGAAUUUUGAUAGUUUUGAUACUGCAGAUGCUGCCAUCGAAGCAAUGAACAACCAGUUUUUAAUGAACAAACCCAUCACCGUCUCCUAUGCAUAUAAACGAGAAGGAAAAGGAGAACGACAUGGUGACCUGGCUGAACGAAAAUUGGCUGCUGCCGCCAAGAAAAACAAAGUUGCAAUUACACCUCAAGCUACUCUUCCCCCUGGAUUUACAGCUGCCCCUCCCUCUACCACUGCUUCCUCUGGUACAGUUACUCCCAAUAUCGCUCCUACUCCCAUUCCUCCUCUUCCCGUUAUGGGAGCAACGGCAAAUGCGGCUAGCGCUCCCCUUCCCAACUUAAUGCCGUUUGCAACCCCUCAGGUGUACUCACCAAUGCCAAACAUGGCGCCCAUGAUGAAUAUGCCUUUUAACCCUCCUGGUUCUGCUAUGAUUCCUCCACCUCCACCUCCUGGAAUGGUUAUGAACGCCCCGCCCUCUACCGUUUCUAUUCCUGGUAUGGUACCAAUGCCGGCCUAUCAAGUACCAUCCCAAACAAAUCAACCGAAUCGGUAGUUAUGCUAUAAAAAGAUUCAAUAGGCAAAGUCUUUCUAGGAUAAAAAGGACCCCUGUAUGUAUAAUAGAAAUAUCGUUAAUUAUUCACCUACCGGUGUAUUUUUCCAAAUAAAAAUAGAAAUAGAAAUAGAAAUCCCUACCUACUGA